CACACACACACACACACACAGACACUUAUUACGUUAAGCAUCAUAGGAACAUUAACGAAAAUCCUCACAUAAGAAAAAGAAAAAAAAAUCUAAGCAAAGAAAAAUAAAAAAAACAACGAAACACGCAACACAAGUAAAUAAACACGGACGACAGGAUGACAAAGAGAGAAGAAAAGAAGAAGAAAAAAACAAGAUAGGCAAGGCAGGCUGUUAAAAAUACUCUUGUAUUUUUCUCAAGUUACAAAACUCCUUCAGAUUUGUGGAUUGUAACUCCUUCAGAUUUGUGGAGAGUUGCGGGAGGCAGCGAGUGAGCGAUGGCAUUGUGGCCGCGUGAACACUUUGCAUGAGGAAAACGUAUGAAAAGCUGCUCGUCAGUAUCCGUAAUCGAGUCAGAGAGAGAGAGAGAGAGAGAGAGAGAGAGAGAGAGAGAGAGAGAGAGAGAGAGAGAAUGGAGGAGUACAAGGUGCUGGAGGCAAUAGGACAAGGUUCAUUUGGAAGAGUGUUCAGAGGAAAAUGCCUCCUUAGGGGGCAAAUUGUAGCUCUCAAGUUUAUUCCAAAAAGAAAUAAAGUAGAAAGAGAAUUAAAAAGUCUCCGGCAAGAGUGUGAAAUUCAAAGAGGUCUGGCACAUCCAAAUAUUGUUCGUACAAUUGACUCGUUUGAGACAGAAAAUGAAGUUGUGGUUGUUAGUGAGUAUGUGCCUGGCCAACUUUUUCAACUUUUAGAGUCUAAUGGUCCAUUAAGAGAGGAAAGAGUUCAACAGAUUGCUUGCAACUUAGUUUCAGCAAUUUAUUAUUUGCAUUCUCAUAGAAUUCUCCAUAGAGACAUAAGCCCCAAAACAUUUUGCUCUCAUCAACUAGUGAAGCAAAACUGUGACUUUGGAUCCUCCAGAAAAAUGUGCAUCAAUACCUAUGUAUUGACAUCUGUUAAAGGCACUCCAUUGUAUAUGUGUCUCAACACCAGCUAA